AGAAGAAGAAGAAGAAGUUGCGGUGAUAAUUUCCUGCCAUAUUCUGCCAGAGUUGAACCAAGUUAACAGCGUGAAGAUGCAGAUUUUCGUGAAAACCCUCACUGGGAAGACCAUCACCCUGGAGGUGGAGCCCAGUGAUACCAUUGAGAACGUGAAGGCAAAGAUUCAGGAUAAAGAAGGCAUUCCUCCUGACCAGCAGAGGCUGAUCUUUGCUGGCAAACAGCUGGAAGAUGGCCGCACCCUGUCGGACUACAACAUCCAGAAGGAGUCCACCCUCCACCUGGUGCUCCGUCUCAGGGGAGGCAUGCAGAUUUUUGUGAAAACCCUCACUGGGAAGACCAUCACCCUGGAGGUGGAGCCCAGUGAUACCAUUGAGAACGUGAAGGCAAAGAUUCAGGAUAAAGAAGGCAUUCCUCCUGACCAGCAGAGGCUGAUUUUUGCUGGCAAACAGCUGGAAGAUGGCCGCACCCUGUCGGACUACAACGUCCAGAAGGAGUCCACCCUCCACCUGGUGCUCCGCCUGAGGGGAGGACGCUGAGGACCUGCUAGCAAAGAUGUUAGGGUUCAGUUUUGAAGAGAUUUGAUCCUUGUUCACAUAGUUGUCAUUUAACAUAUCAAUAAAGUUGAAACAUUCCUGACUUGAA